AUGGAUGCUCCAAGUUCAGCGGUAUGUGCUCACCUACAGGAUCACUUGGCGCUCCUAUUUAAUUCCAUCAGAGCAUCAGGUAGGGUUGGUGUUCUUUUAUUUACAAUAAAUUCAGAAAAUAUACCAAAUUAAUAUCUUUGUCUUGUGAGUAAUGCAGUAUGUAUUGUGUGCCUGUUUUCCAAACAAGGAGGCUGGAAUAACAACCCAUCAGCAUGCCAGUUCCAGGCCAUCUUCCGCCGUCUGAUGGUUCAAUGUGGUGUCUCACCUGGGGAGACAGGCAAUGUGGCAGCCCAAUACAACACUGUGUCCCUGUCUGCUGUGGAGAUGUCCUCUGCUGAGACUGCUGAAGAGCACCCAUCUCCAUUCGCCAACAUUUCGGCCCUUGUGUGUGACCAUAAUUAUCUCCCUACUCGGUUUGGUGGAAAAUGCUCUUGUGUACGUAGCAGGGUUUGUAGUCUGGAAGAUUAUACGAAAACUGUCCUGUCAUGUGUGCCGUGCGAGCUUGGUCAGAGAUGCUGUACCAUCUUCCAGCCCUGAAAAAUGGCGGCCUACUGAUUCCAUCUCAAGGCACAGUGAAGGUUUGAUUUUAUCAUUUUUUUUUUUUUUUUUUAAAUCUUUGUAUAUUAAGGUUGCUUUGUUCUUUUUUCUAUGUUCUGUAAGCACUGUGUAAAGACCUAUAUUAAUAUGAUUUAUUAUUAUCAUCAAAGGUGCUGAGAGCUGCAGAGAGGGUGAUCCACCUUGCUUCACCAAUGCAGGCCUCUAAGGUGUCGGCUGUCACACACAUCGUCCUGGAGGAGAUUGGAACAGAGGAUGUUUUUCUGCUUGGGGAACACAUUGAGGAGACGAGGAGACACAGUUUGGCAUAG